AUGAAGUACUUUGACCCUGAGAGCAUGUCUGUUGACGGUAGAAAGGAAUUUAUGUUGUGGUACGAAAAUCAAAAAGGAAAAGAUUACAACAUGUUCGAGGAGCUUCUUGCAUACUGUAAAAGUGACGUUACGAUUCUCCGUCGCUGUUGCGUCUUAUUCGCUCUGGCUUUUGAAAGCAUUCUAAAGGUUAAUCCCUUUGAGAAAAGUGCAACCAUGGCUUCAGCAUGCAGUCGUGUGUACCGUCAAAACUUUAUGAAGCCCAACACCAUUGGCGUACUACCGCCAUACGGCUAUACAUGCGACAAACAGUCUGCUAUAGGUGUCAAGUGGUUGGAAUGGUUGAUGCGAAAAAACCCAAAUCUCUUUAUACAACAUGCGCAGAACGGGGGCGAAAAGGCGAUUGCGAAUUACAAAGUAGAUGGGUGGGAUGAGCGGAAUAACGUUGUCUAUUCUUUCGACGGGUGUUACUUUCAUGGUUGCGAAGUCUGCUUUCCAAAUGGAGACACUAUGAAUCAACGUACAGGUUCCACUAUGGGUGAACUGCGCGAACGCACUGCGUUUCGGCGUACUUUCUUGAAAGACCGCGGACACACUGUCAUUUCCAAGCGCGAGUGCGAGUUCAGAGCGGAAAUUAAGGCAGAUCCCGAACUGGCAGCAUUUGCAAAAGAUCUGAACAUCUCCGAGCCUCUGAACCCCCGAGAAGCCUUUUUCGGGGGAAGAACGAACGCUGUGAAACUCUAUCACAAAUGCAAUGAAAACGAAAGCAUCAAAUAUGUCGACUUUACAUCGCUUUAUCCGUAUGUCAAUAAAUAUAAACAUUAUCCUCUAGGACACCCUGUGGUGUACCGGGGUGAAAAUCUGCAAAAGGUUGACGACCCACUGAAGUGCGAAGGUCUUAUCAAAUGUAAAGUAUUACCGCCAAAGCAAUUGUAUUUUCCUGUUUUACCCCAGAGGACGGGUAACAAGUUGAAGUUUUCUCUUUGUGCGAAGUGUGCGGAGACGACGUCUAAAACGUGUGACCAUUCAGACGAUGAGCGCGCUCUGAUAGGGACAUGGGUUAUAUUUGAAGUCAGAAAAGCGGUUGAAAAGGGCUAUCGUCUGGUGAAAACAUACGAAAUUUGGGAUUUCGAGCAAACAACACAAUAUGAUUUUGAGAAGAAAGAGGGAGGCCUAUUUACGAGUUUCAUUAAUACUUUUCUAAAGCAGAAGCAAGAAGCUAGCGGUUGGCCCGAUUGGUGUGAGACCGAAGAAGACAAAAAGAAGUACAUCGAUGAUUACGCGCAGCACGAGGGGAUCACUUUAGACCGUCACAAUAUCAAAUAUAACGCAGGUAUGCGCAGUACCUACAAGGCGGGGAUAUGUGCGUUGUGGGGAAAAUUUGGGCAACGAAAUAACUUUCUAAAAACAUUAUAUACGGAUAGUCCAGAGGUUUAUAUCAAUAAAUUGACCGACGAUAGCAUUGAAGUAACAGAUUCUCAAUUAGUGAACGAAGAAUUCGUUCUUUUGAAAUACCGUGAGAAGACUGAAUUCAUAGAAGCGUGUCCUUACACAAAUUGUGUUAUUGCAGCUUACACAACUGCACAUGCGCGGCUGAAAUUGUAUGAGGAGUUGGAAAAACUUGAUCAACAAGUAUUAUAUUUUGACACUGAUAGUAUUAUAUACGUGUACGACAAAACAAACAAAAAACACUUCAACCCACCCCUAGGUGACUAUCUGGGGGAUUUCAAGGAUGAGUUGAACGGCGCAUCCAUUGAAGAGUUUGUUUCAGGGGGUCCAAAAAACUAUGGGUAUCGCAUCAAAGAGAGUCAAGAGACUGUGUGCAAAGUCCGAGGGUUCACCCUGAACUAUGGUAAUAGUCAGAAAAUCAAUUUCGAAACCAUGAGAUGUUUGGUACAAAACCUGAAUUUUUCCGACACCAUUUCGGUCGAAAAUCCUUACAAAAUUCGGCGACGUAAGGAUUUCAAAAUUACAACAGUUCGAGAGGUGAAAAAGUACGGCUUAGUAUACGACAAGCGUUACCUGACAGACGAUUUCUUUACAUUGCCUUUUGGCUAUUAG